UUUGUAUACACAUAAUUUUUAUUUACAAACAAAGAACUAAACUAAUUUAUCAAAUGUCCGGUCGCGAUCGUAUUGUAAUCUUUCCUUCAAGAGCAAAUUUUGUCCUACUGAAGCAGCGCAUUGUUAGCGCUCAAAAAGGUUUGAGUCUCCUAAAGCGAAAACGUGAUGCCCUCGAAAUUCAUUUAAGAAAACUUUCAAUUGAAUUAAAAGCAAAUCGUGAACAACUAAAUACCGUAAUGCAGGAAGCCAUAUUUUCUCUAGCAAAAGCAAAAUUUUUAUGUACAGAUUUCAAGCCAGCCACUGUUAUAAAUCCCGACAGAGCUGAUGCUUAUUUGCGUGUAAAAAAUACCAAAAUUGUGGGAAUGCAAGUGCCCAGCUGGGAAUUGAUGUUAAGACAGACGAAUGCUUUGAAUUUUACUGGUCUAGCCGGAGGAGGUCGACAGGUGCAAGUAGUAAGAGAGAAAUUUCAAGCAGCUCUUAAGAUUUUGGUGGCCAUAGCCUCUUUGCAAUAUUCGGUUUCUGCUAUACAAGCAGCCGUAAAACAAAAUAAUAUGCGUGUUAAUGGUCUGGAAUAUGUUGUAUUGCCACGUUAUCAAAAUACUGUCACCUAUAUACGCGAUGAAUUGGAUGAGUUAGAAAGAGAGGAUUUUUAUCGCCUGAAACGUUCUCAAGCCAAGCAGUUAAAGAAAAAAUCAGAGUUCAUUAAACUAAUGAGGCAGCGUGAGAGGGAAAAAGAUGCCAAAGAUCCGGGCUAUGAUUUCACUGAUACACAUCUGCAGACACCGAUGUAUGAAGUUAUAUCGGCCAAACCCGAAAGCAAUGUCUUUGAAAGGCGAAAAACUGUAGCAAAAAUUAUAGAUAAAACUAAUGUUAUAGAAAUAGAGGAUCCAAAGCCACUCAAUCUGGAUAUUCAGUUUUCCAAGGCUGUAAUUAUGAAAGAUAUAAAAGAUGAAAAUGAUAUAAAACCCAAAAUAGUAGUGACUUCAUCAUCGUCUUCUUCAUCAUCCGAGGAUGAAUAACCAAAUUGUUAAAUUUAGACUGAGUUGUAACAAAUGAAAUAUUUCAUCAUGCUAACAUGAUUUAAUUUAUUAAAUUGUUUCCUUGAAAUGGCCA